AUGGGCUGGUCAUUCGGACGAAAGAAGAACAAGGAGGCCGCUGCCCCCGAGAACCCCUAUGCCCAGCAACCAUCGGUCGAUCCGUAUGCCAACCAGUACGCGAGCCCUGCUCAGUCUCAAUCUACUCUAUCCAGCACCGCUAGCAGUGGUCCGUCCCCGUACCAGAACCAACAAGCUCCUCCUCCUUACUCCGCCGGAGGUCCGGUUCAGCAGCCGCCUGCUGCGGGAAGAUUCACGAACGAGAGAUUCGGCACCACGGACAGAUAUGGCGAUAACCGAUAUGACGUCCCUUCCACCAGCAACCAGAACCGUUACGAGCCCUCCAUCGACUCCAAGCAGAGCCAACUCUACUCCAAUUCCAAGUACAACUCGGGCGGCUCGGCGGGUACUUCUGCUCAACCGUCUCCCUACCAGCAGCAGUACCCCGUCACGUAUGGCGACAACAAGCAGCCCGGACAGAUUCCUCCUGAUGGACCUCAAGAUGUUCCUUACCAGCCCACACCCCAAGAGAUCUAUGGCAACAAGUUUGGUGUGCCGGAGGAGGAACUCACCGAGGAACAGAAGCAGGAUUUGGAGGUGGACAAGACCAAGGAUGACAUCUUGCGUACUCACAAUGAGGGUUUGGAGAGCUUGCAGCGCAGUAGAGCGCACAUGCAGAACGUGAAGAACCUCGGAGCGAACAUCAUCGACAAUUUGUCGGUUCAGGGAGAUAGGCUGGACAAGGUUCAUGAUGCCUCUAUCCGCAUUGACUUGAAGACGAAAACAGCCCAGGACACGGCCGGCUAUCUCGGCAAGCUCAACGACCGCCCCUUCUUCGUUCCCGCUAUGAGCAAGAAAAGUCUCCGUCAGAUGGAUGAGAAGACAUACGCAGACCAGACCUUGGAGAAGAUGGAGCGUCAGAAGGAGCGGGCCAAUGCCUUCCAGAACCAGCAGACCAUGCAGAACUUGAAGCCCGGGCAAAAGAAGUUGCUGGGCGGUAAGGCCGUUAAGAACUACAUGGCGUUUGAGGAUGAUGUGACCGAGAAGGAUUUGGAGGAGCUCACGUAUGACGAUGCUGAUGGCCAGCAGCAGGCAGUCCUCAAACAGCAAAAAAUGCUGGAGAAGGAGCUCUAUUAUGACCUGGUGGAUAUGAAGAACAUCGCUAGCGGCAUUGGUCAGGUUCUUGAGAAGCAGAAUGCCCAGAUUACGGCGAUCGGUGAAAACGUAAGUGAUUGUAAACAGGUGUGA